CCAGUUUUCACUUUUCUGUCCCAACUUCCUUUUUUUAGAUAACAGCACUGAACAACAGGAAAUACACCCAAGAAUUUCACAUCAAUGUUCAAAGUGCUAAUACAUUUUGACAUAGCUCAACGAGGCACUACAACCUUUUCUGGGUCUCUCUCACAAUGAAGCUGCUGGGCCUCAUUGAUCUUAGUCUCAUAUUGAUCCUGGCCUCUCAUUCAAAAGGUCAAAAAUGGGAAAUUGAUGUUGAUCGACACAUUAAUGCAACAAUUGGCUCAGAAGUGAUCAUUCAGUGCAAUUUUACUAUUCCACCCAUAUACGACACUGAAAAUCUUGAAGUUUACUGGAAAAAGAUGGUGAAAAGUAACUUUGAUACCGGGGACAAGCACGACCAAAAUGCAUUUGUUUAUCACAAAAAUGAAACAUUUGUGCUGGAGGAGUACAGAGGAAAGACCAGCCUCAUUGGAGACAUAAAGAAAAGAAACUGCACCCUCAAGAUCAGAAAUAUCGAGGCUAGAGAUCAAGAUAUCUAUGUGAGAGUUAUUGCAAAGGACGCAUACAGUUUCAGAGAAUUUCCUACCACCAUUUAUGUGAAUGGUCAUAGGCCAGUCACUCCUAUACUAGAUAAUGCAAAUUCAUCAAUCAAUGAAUCAAGCACAGGAGAAAUUACUGAGAUGCCACUAACAACAACAACAACAACAACAACAAUAUAUAUAGCCAUCUUUGUACCAGUUGCUGCACUUCUGUUAAUUAUUUUGAUCACUGGAAUUAUCUUUUGGAGAAAACGCAGGUCAAAGCCUAUUGCCAGGCAGGACUCUGGAUAUUAUGCAAAUUUUAGAAGAGCAUCAUCAAACCAAGCCAAAAGAGACGAAUCUUGCAAAAAACAAGACACCCAAAAACUUCCUGAAUCAAAGAACAUCGAUGAACCUGUUUACAUCAACUUCGAGGUCCCUCUAGGUCAGAUGCAUCAAAACAACGAUCAAACAGACAGUGUGUAUGCAAAUGUAGAUUAUUCACAAUAACUGUAUCCCAAGUCAAAUCUAUUUAUUAUUUUUGUAUCCUGCAUUGUAUUGUGCACAUGUUUAUGCACAUAUUUGUGCCAUGGUGUGGUGGAUGCAUGGCAACAGGAUGAUCGUGUGAAAGAAAGGAUUCACAGCUUGUCAUUGCAAAAUGCAGCAGAGUGACAAUUUCUUUAUUUACUGGCUCAUUGCUGGAUAAAUUGUGAGAUCUCAGUCAGUCAAACUUGGGUAUUUAUUUAUUUUUGUUAUCAGCAUGUUGCAUUUUCAUUUUAAACACUGUACAGAUCGUUUUAUUUCUAAAGCAGCUUGCACAUUUAUGUUUUUAUUGGUUGCUGUAAUUAUUUCUUAGCCAUGUAAAGAUCUCUUUUAACUGUAUAGUAAGGUGACAUAGACCUUAAAAGUAUUGCCUUACAUGAUGAUAUAGAAUCCUCUAACUGCUUUGAAUGGUUGUUUUUUUAUUGUCUCUUAGACCUGUAAGUCUGUCAAAGCUAGCGGUGUAUUGCACCACUGGGUGAUGCACAUUUAGCAAACUGUUUGUGAUAUCUCACAGAUAGACUUCUGUUUUCUGUCAACCACAUUGAUGAUAUCAUGUAAACUGAUCAAUAGGCUGAGAAGGCUAGAGUCACAGGCUGUAUAACUUGACAUUUUGUAUUUAGUGAAAUAAUGCCUCAUGGUUUCUUCUAGUGUUUCUCAAUGUGUUGUGCCAAUUCACUUCCUGUGUUGCCUGUGCUCGGGAUGAAACUUCUGUUUUCUCAUUCAAACAUUUAUACUCAUUUAACAAGUGUACCAAAAAUAAAAGGUAAAAAAGUUGA